GCGGAGCGGCCAUGGUGAACCUGGGGCUGCGGCGCGUGGAGGAGAGUGUGGCCGCCAAACACCCCGCGCUGCAGCAGUACGCAGCCUGCCAGUCCCACGCCUUCAUGAAGGGCAUCGGCGCCUUCCUGGCAGGCAGUGGAGCCGCCUUUGCCGCGGUGCAGCUGGUGAGGAGGCGGCUGCCUGCCAGCCCGCAGUGGAGCCUGCUGCUGGCCGCCGCUGCAGGGUCCCUCGCCAGCUAUGUAGUAACUAGAGCUGAGACACAGAAAUGCUCUGACUUCUGGAUUUACCUGGAGACAGGCAAGUCCCCACAGGACCUUGCUGUGGCUGAGAGCAUGUCUAAGCCCACAGGUGAGCACGCUUGGCAAAGGUGGGAUCCUGCCCUGAGAUAACUUCCCAACAAACCUGGGCCAAGAGUUGUUUGAGAUGGCUGGUGUCUUGAGGGCCAAGGAAUGUCUGGAGGACCUGUCUCCGUGACCAAACCCUACAGGCAGCUCAGCUCAUUUUUUUUUUUUCCCUAUCUCCCAGAAGAUCCACCCAAAAACUUGGAGUCCCAUUCUGCCCCUUUUCCCUGAGAUCUUCCCUCACAUUGCAUGGCUCGUUCUUGGGUGUGGGUUCCUCUCUCCUGCAGGGCCCAAACAGAUACCAUGGCAUGAGUAUGUGCUCUGAUU